CAGCAGCAGACUGCCUGUGCCGUGUCGCAUGGAGAACCACGGCGUCAAACGGUCAAAGGUCAAGGAGAGCGAUGCAGCUGCACAAGAACGACAUAAGGAAGAGGCCGCCCGGAUCGUACGAUACAAAACCCUCCUCGACUCGCUCAGCAAGGCCGCUCACGAUGAAUCCGCGCUCGACCUGACCACGAGCAUUCUCGAGAUCAAUCCGGACUUUGUCACCGGAUGGAACCACAGACGACGUUGCUGGCUCGCCAUGCUCAAAUCAGACGGAGACAAGCAAGCCAGACUGACGCAAGACCUACAGCUGACCAUGAAAGCUCUGGCGUAUAAUCCCAAGAUCUAUGCCGUCUGGGAGUACCGCAAGUGGCUCCUCAAGGUCAUGCCGGACCCAGAUUGGUCCUACGAGCUGAAGACGGUCGAACGACUGCUCAUGCAGGAUGCGCGAAAUUUUCACGGAUGGGACUACCGGCGCUACAUUGUAGACAACCUCAGAGAACGAAACGCGCCGAACGGUACUACGGUCAAGCGACCUGCAGUGACCGACCAGUCCGAGUUUGACUUUACAACUCGCAAGAUCGCCUCCUCCUUCUCAAACUUCUCUGCAUGGCACUAUCGUUCCAAGGUGCUCUCGCGCUUGCAGCUCGAUGAUGGACUUGACAGGGAAUUCGACUUGGUCAGACAAGCCAUAUACACGGACCCGGAAGAUCAGUCUGCCUGGAUCUACCACCGCUGGCUGAUCGGUAAGGGCGAAAAUGAGGCAUUGCUCCGUCGUGAGAUUGACGCAGUAUCUGACUUGCGCGAGAUCGAUCCCGACAGCCGGUGGGCACUAGAAUCGCUAGUACACAACAAAAGUUUGCUACGGAAACUGCACAGUGGCGAAGAGCAUGACUCUCUAGGCGAAGAGAUCGGAUCCCAUCUCGAGCAGCUCAUUUUGGUCGACCCAGAUCGCGCGAGCCGGUACCGCUACCUUGCGUCCGAUAUCUGACGACGUGGUUUGGGUCCUUCAAUCAACUUGCCAGCUUCGUUGAACUUGCGAAUGACGAGCUGGCAAGAGACUGUUGCGCAGAGAUGUUUCGAUCGUGCUUUGAUGUCGUCAUUGAAGAGCGUCAUGCCGGCUGCUCUCUCGACAGCGUCGACUGGCACGAUGAAGCUUUCUAGUCUUUGCGUCUCCGGUAUUGGCGCAUUGGGCAGAACGAAUGCAGCAAGGCUAGUCUCGCCGCCAGCGAACGCGCCAGGUGCUUUGGCAGCAAGAAUGACUUUUGCAAAGUGAGUCGGCACAGACACAUUUGGCAUCUGGUCGG